AUGGCGAUGAAUAAGCAAGCUCGACUGUUUGCACUUUGCUUUUUCCUUUAUUGUAUUCUUUGCUCUCCCAGCUGCGAAUGCAGUUCUCCAGAAGAAAAGUAUUACAUUGUUGGAGUGAAUACAUUUCUUAUUGAAGAGGGGAGGGAUUUUAAUGCCCCGAGUAGGAGCCCAAGCAAGCCUCCAGUUCAAGUUGGAGGGCUGGGAAGGGAUAAGUAUCUUGCUAAUCGCAUCUUUUCCCAUGUUCCUAACAGUACCAAUCUGACAUCCUCUCCUUUAGAGACAAAUGCCUUCAGUGCUCCUGUGUCGUCCAGGAGUGAAAUGCAAGGUCCAGAGUACACUGUAACAGUUUCGAUUGGAACACCAGCUCUGGAACAACUGAUGGGAAUUGAUACGCUCAGUUCCCUAUCAUGGAUUCAGUGCAAGCCCUGCAAGGGUUGUACUUCUAAUGCGAAGUGCACCUUCACAGACACUAAUAGUCUCGCCCGAGGAUCCGAGGGAGAUUAUAUCACAGAUACUCUGCAGGUGGGUGAAAAUACAUUCGAAGAAGUAUAUAUAGGAUGCGCCUAUAGCUUCACACAAUCUAGAAAGUUAGCAACAUCCGGGCGUUCGGGGUUGGGCAGGGGUCCCCUUUCCCUAGUUUCACAGAAGGCAGAUGGGCAAUUCUCCUACUGUCUUCCCAAUUACCUCUCUGCUCGUGCAACAGGGUCUCUGAAUUUAGGGAAGGACUCAAUUCCAUCCUCUGUGAAAGUCUACACGCCCAUUCAAAAAGAGCCCAAGUUUGCUUCAAGUGCAUACAUCUUGGGACUGGAAGGUAUCAGCGUGGGAGGGCAACGCUUAAGCGUGAACAUGCAGGUUCCUGGUGCUCUGCCCACAAUAACUUAUAUUCACACAGUAGUAAUGGCUACCCAGCUGGUGAAACCUCUGUACAAUGCUUUGAGAGCUUCCUUCGAGGAAAAGAUGAAGACAUACGCGCCAGCUGUUAAGCCCGCCUCGCCAUUUGGAGAUUUUCAACCAUGCUACCAGUUAUCCAACAUAACAUCAGUGAAAAUCCCAAUUGUUACUCUUCAUUUCAAAGGCAAUGCCAACUUCGAUGUCCCUGCUGUGGGAACUCUGCUUCAGGUUUCAAGUGAUGUGGUGUGCUUCCCCUUUUCACCCUCUCCAAAUGACGCUGUGAACGUCAUUGGGGAUGUCCAGCAACAGGGUAUUACAGUGGCUUUCGACAAUUUAAACAACAGAAUUGGCUUUGGCUCUGGUUCUUGUUAG